AUGGAAUCUGAUGACACAGCAACUGAUGAAUAUAUUUCAAAAGAAGAUUCAUCAGAUUCUAACAGUACUAAUGAUAAUAUAGAUAUAAGGAUGCGUGUGUGUCGGUGUUGUUUAAAAAAAAGAUAUCCAUCCCAACAUCACAUCCGCACCUCAGACGCACAUCAACACCCAUACCCUAAGUGACUAUAUAUAUGGAUAUAUGUAAGGACAUUUACUAGCUUGUGGUGUAAUUAGACCUGUAAUUUCUUUAAGUAAUAUUUUAAAUUCGUAAUGCUAUUAUAAUCCCUUCUUAAAAAUGUCUUGUAAAUUGCAAAAUUUUUCACAUCAAGAUCUGUGCC